GACAAAGAAUUAAACAAAGCCAAAUCACACUCGCUAUACUUCCCAUUUUCUUUUCCCCCUUAUUUGUUACUUUUCUCAAACAUUAUCGGUUAAUACUAUCUUUCCCCGUCCAAUUUCCACCUUCUUUUUCAUUCUCUCUUUUGUUUUCGUCCUUUUCAUUAAACAAGAAUACGAGCAUGACAUGAGCACGAAUAGGCACAACACGAUUCGAACCGUGCCCGGGCCUGGGCCGGACCUAACAAAGGUAACAAAUGGGCUCGCAUGGCACGACAUGAAAACUGACGGAUCGUGCCAAGCACGACACGAAAUAAAUAGGCUCAAACCGUGCUCGUGCCGUGCCGGGCCAAACACGGCCCAACGUGCGUCUUGUCUAUCCCUACAGAAUGCAUAUAAGGUUGCGAACCCGCGGCCGGGUCUAGUUCCUCUUCUUAAAGAUGAUUCCAUGGGUUUGACUUUUGAGCGGAUCGAUCCUCCCGUCAUCCCUAUGCCUCCUUUUAUCCGUUGUAACUCUUUUUAUUCUUGACCUUUUGGUCUCCCCUUAUGCAAACAAAAAAAAAAAAAAUGCUCUGUUCCUCAUAUAAUUAAUACUGGCAGCAGCCACGGGGAUUGAAGGAGACGCUCGGGGAGCGAUUCCGAUUGGUGAAUUUCGUUUGCUUCCGUGUUGCUGUCGUUCCGCCGGCGCCAAUCGCUGUAGCGCGGGAGAGAGAGGAUGGUGAUUGCGGCGAGGGGGAGAUGAAUGGAAGAGGAACUGCGAUGCUGCGCGGCCGUCGGCGGCCGAUUUGACGAGUGAGUGGAAGAUUAAUGGAGCGGGAUUGCGGGAAGAGAGAGUAAAAGGGAAAUGAGUGGAUGAGAGAUUGCUUUAACAUAGCGACUCUAUCCGAUUGACGCGUCCGUUGACUAGCGUCUUCUUGAGGGUUGACUAUAAACUGUUAAGUCUAUACACAACACUUGGAUUGGAUCUCCUCCUUCAUUCCCCACUCCCUGCUCAUUCCUCCACAGCAGAAAGUCGAGGGCUUGUGAUCAACUCCUAAAGAUUGUGAAUUGGUUCUCCGGAUUACGUUUAGGUAAGAACCCAGAUCUCAAAUUUCACUGUUGUGGUUUGUGUUUCCAGUCUGUUGAGGUUUUGUUGGUAGCAGACACUUUUUACUCGUGUUCAUUGGCUGGAAAAGAACGGAACAGAUGUUGUCUAGUUUCGUGGCUGUGUAUUUUGUAGAGUUGUAUAUGAUCCGGUCUAGUUUCGUGACUUAAAUUUUGUUGCUUGUUUCAUCUGCAGAAGAGGAUGGAGCUAACCGGGUUGAAUGCUAUCGCUUCGUCAUCCCGUUCCCCAGAUCCUCUUCCAGCGGUAGAGUACGAGGUAUUCCUGAGCUUUCGAGGUCCUGAUGUCCGCACGACUUUCGCCGAUUUCCUCUAUAGACUCCUGGAUCGUCCCAAGAUACGGACCUUUCUUGACGAUGAAGAGCUUCGCAAGGGUGAGAAGAUUGCUCCUUCUCUCGUAAAGGCAAUUGGGGAGUCCAGAAUAUACAUCCCGAUCCUUUCCCCGGGUUAUGCAUCUAGCAAAUGGUGCCUCCAGGAGCUAGCUCUGAUGAUGGAGCAUUGCAAGAAAGAUGAAGGUCGUCACAUAAUGUUGCCCAUUUUCUAUUUCAUGGAGCCUAGAAAUGUGCGGCAUUGUAGAGGCUCCUAUGAACAAGCGUUGGAACAACAUAGUUUGAAAUAUGGCGAAGACACCAUUAGGGCUUGGAAGGAUGCUCUCAAAGAGGUCGGGGAUAUGAAAGGAUGGCACGUGACCGAGUCAGAUAGACUGGGAGCAGUGGCAGAAGAAGUUUUCUCUAGAGUGUGGUCACAUAUAAAGGGAAACUACAUGUUAGUGACGAAUGAGUUGAUUGGAAUUGAUUCUCACGUAAACCAAGUGACGGAAUUGCUGAAGUCGGAUUUUGAAAGCGGCGUCAAUAUCGUAGGCAUUCAUGGUAUGGGUGGUAUCGGCAAGACAACUAUCGCCAAGGCUGUCUAUAAUAAGGUCUUUACACAAUUCGAGCGUCAUUGUUUUAUGGAAGAUGUACGAGAAAUACUAUCGUUAAAGAAUGAAGGACUUACAACUCUGCAAAGUAAGAUUAUUUCUAGCAUUCUGAGGGAUGAUCACAAGGUUAGAGAUGUUAGUGAAGGAAUCCACAUUAUAAAAGAUAGAGUAUUCCCCCACAAGGUUCUCAUUAUUCUCGAUGAUGUGGAUGAUCGAUUUACGUUUGAGCAAAUCUUAGGUGAUGUAAGAAAAAUUUCCCCCGAGAGUAGAUUUAUCAUCACAACAAGAGAUAAAAGAGUACUAGAGUUGCUUCAAGUAUCUAAGCUCUAUGAGCCUGGAGGGUUGAGUCAUGACCAUUCCCUUCAACUUCUAAGUAGACAUGCAUUUAGAAUGGAUAAUCCACUUGAAGACAUGGCAACCCUGUGCGAGGAGUUUGUAGAAGUUGCAGCGGGGCUUCCUUUGGCUCUUGAAGUUAUAGGGUCGCUUUUGUUUCGUAGAGAGAGAAAAUUCUGGGAAGCGAAGUUGAUAGAACUUAAGAGAAUUCCUCCUGCCAAGGUGCAAGAGAGAUUGGAAAUAAGCUAUGAUGAGUUGAGUGGUAGUGAAAAACAAAUUUUUCUCGACAUUGCUUGUGUUUUUAUAGGAAGAAACAAGGAGCUGCCUUUCUAUAUGUGGAGCGAUUACAAUUUUAAUCCAGAAAGUGGAAUUAGUACACUUAUUUUGAGGUCCUUGAUCAAGGUGGAUGAGUAUAACCAGUUUUGGAUGCAUGAUCAUGUAAGAGACCUUGGGCGAAUGAUAGUUCGUGAAGAAGAUGAUCAACAUCCUUGGAAGCGCACAAGAAUAUGGUCCAACGAGGAUGCGGUGGAUAUGUUACUCAAUGGAGAGGGAACUGACCGGUUGGAAGUUCUUAGAGUUAACAUGGCAGAUGAGGAUACUGAGCUCACAGAGAAAGAAUUUCAUAAAUUUCUGGACUGAGGUACCUCGAAGUUUCUUUUGGAAGGCUGACAGGAAAUUUCCAUAAUAUUCUUCCGAAUCUACGUUGGCUUAUUCUUCGUCAUUGCGGUUCAAUCCCUAUCGAUUUCAAUGUGAAGAAAUUGGUAAUUCUGGAUCUGACGGAAUGCCCUGUAAGAGAUGACUGGAGAUGCUGGGAUAGAAUAAAGGUUAUUAAUCUUCGUGUUCAUUUCAAUUUAUGAUGAUCAAAAUUUUUUGUUUAAUGUGAUAUCAUAUGGACGUGUGAACGUACGGUCAAAAUAAUAUAUUUAGAGGUUUCAUAGAAUACGAAUUUUAAAAAGUAUUGGUGCUUUCGUUUUAAAAGAAAGGGAGGGAAGUUUACCAAUGACAGCAGGAAUUUCGGUCAACACCGAUUCUUCUAUUUUGAUCUCCUGCAGAUUCUGAAGCCUUCCCAUAUCACCUAUUAACUUUGUUAUAUUAGUGCCCUCAAUGUUUAGCACUCUCAGAUCCUUCAAAUUGCCAAUGUGAAGUUCCCCGCCCAUAUUCGAAGAAAACAUGAAAUCUAUCCGUUCUAGACUUGUACAACGGAACAAGUCCGGGGCUCUUGUCACUUCCUUGCAGAACGUUACACUUAUAGUUUUCAACCUGUGUCCCUCCUGGAUCCAAUAACAAAAUAUGUUAUAAGGG